AUGAAAACCGACCUGGAGCUGGCGCUGGAAUGCGCCGUCAACGUCUACCACCGGUACGCGGCACGGCGCCCCGUGGACGACUACCUGAGCCUGGGGGAGUUCUCCAGGCUGCUCAAGGAGACGGCCGAGCCCUUCCUGAAGAACACGGUGCCGCCCAAAACGACCACGGACAACUACAUCAAGCAGCUCUUCACCAAAGCCGACGCCAACCACGACGGCCGCCUCAAGUUCACCGAGUUCCUGACCACGCUGAGCCUCGUGGCCAUUGAUGCCCACAACAGGUCCCACCAGGGCCCUGGUGGUGACCAUGGCCACGACCACGGGCAUGGCCACGACCACGGGCAUGGCCAUGACCACGGGCAUGGCCACGACCACGGGCAUGACCACGGGCAUGGGCACAGCCACCGUCGCUGA